GCGAACAAGUCCGUCUAGCAAGGGGCAGACUUAAUCACAUUCAUCACAUUUCUCCUUGAGGUGUGAAGGGCACAAAAAUCCGAUGCACUGUUUGAGUCUGGACAUUACAAAGUGGUGAGACUUGAAGGGAAAUAAGAAAAUUGUCAUCAACUCCAAAUUAUACUGAAAAAGUAAAAUACAGAGAAUGCAGGAGGGAAAUGAAAAUGCAGAGCAAGUGCAGAGCAAGCCAGCUGUUAGAGCCAGAAGAGUGUUUCUGACAGAGCACAAGCCCGAGGAAGAUCGUGGUGAACAACGAAGAGAAAUAUCAAAAGGAAAGGAAACACUCUUAAAGGGAACAAACAAACCUGCCGUGGAAGAGAAGUCUGGAAUGUUUUCAGAUAAACUUAAUAAUUGGCUUGAAAGAGAGAAAAACAAAGUUGACUUGGUCAGGCUGGUCCUGAUUGGGAAGACUGGAGUUGGGAAAAGUGCCACUGGAAACACCAUUCUGGGAAAAGAGGAAUUUAAGUCCUCUACUGCAAUGGGGUCUGUCACAGCAGAGUGUCAAAAAAAGAAUGCCGUCAUUGGCUCCCGUACUGUACAGGUUGUGGACACUCCAGGUCUGUUUGACACGACUAUCUCCAAUGAGAAGAUCAGAGCAGAGAUUGGGAGGUGCAUCACCAUGUCCUCACCAGGACCCCAUGUGUUCCUGCUUCUGAUCUCCGUGGGACGCUUCACCAAAGAGGAGAGAGACACGGUGAAGAUGAUUCAAGACACAUUCGGUCAGUACUCCAGAGCGUACACAAUGGUGGGCUUCACCAGAGGAGAGAUUCUUGAGGAUGAAGACUGUACCAUUGAGAAGUACAUCCAGACAGGCCCACCUGCUUUAAAAGAACUGAUUGAGGACUGUGGUGGCCGGUACCACGUCUUCAGAAACAGAGAAAAAGACAAGGGUCACCAGAUUAGUUCUCUCCUGGAGAAAAUUGACAAGAUGAUUCACCAAAAUGGAGAAAGAUUCUACACCACAGCCAUGUAUGAGGGAACUGAGAAACAAAUCAGACGAAGAGAGAUUAAACUCCUACAAGAGAAACUGGAGAAAUUGCAUAUUGAAAAGAAAAGUCACAACGAUGUAGAGGAGAAGGUCUUUAGUGAGCUUUCCAAAAUUCAAAGUCAGCUGCGUGAAAUAGCAGAGAAGGCUCAAGCUGAAGAGACAGCAAAAAAACUUCAACCACCUGAAAAAAAAUGUGUUAUUUCAUGAUAAAAAAUAUUUUCUCUCUGAUUUAUCAAAACAAAAAUGUCAGGCUUUUCUAGUCUAAUGUGUAUUAUUAAUCUCUCUCUAGUAUGCAUUUGAAAAGAAGAAAAAAAACUCCGUCCUAGUUAUAUAUAAGGAGCAUUUUACCAAUGCAAAUGUUAUCUAAUUAAAUAGGGUUAUUACAUAAGACCUUCAUAUAUUAAAAUAUAUGUAUUACCAUGUAAUAAAUACAGAUUUAGUUUCCUCUUCAACAACUGCUUUCAACAGCUGAAUAAAGUUAUAUCAU